UCCGAUGAAAAUAAGCAAACAACCGAGAUUUCACCCUAAGGCGGAUUACUCGAUCGAGUAUACCCCGAUAUUUAAAUGGACGGGCCAGAUUGGGCCUGCAAGAUUCCAGAGCUUCAAGCUAACAGCACAGGGAGGGAGACCCUGAUCAAGAACCAAAUUCAGUUGAUGAUGAGCCGACUUCCCGCCAAAUUCAACCGUAACAGAUUCACACUCUCCACCCCUCCGUUUCUCCCUCAACACCGCCAUUGCCAAGAAUCCUCUCUGCCUGCAACCUUCUCUCUCUCUCUCUCUCUCUCUCUCUCUACCCUUCUUAGUCUCCAUGCCACCGGCGUUGCAUCUCUCAGCCAUUCUCCCCUUCACUCUCUUCUUCCUCCUCCAUGUGGGCCCCUCCACCUCCACCACCAUCGGCAUCACCUACUCAUCCCCCACUGCCGCUGCCAACGCCGCCGCCACCACCGCUCCCCCACCCCCGGACCGAAUUGCGGCCACGAUACGCGACCUCAAGAUCCCUGCCGUCCGCCUCCCCGACCCUACCCCGCCGGCCGUUCGAGCCUUCCUCUACUCCAACACCUCCCUCCUCCUCUCCAUCCCCAACGUGCUCGUCCCCUCUCUCGCGGCUAACCGCUCGGCCGCCACCGCCGGCUUCUUCCGCUCGUCAUCCACUCCACCCACACGACCAUCUCUCGCCAUCUCGGUCGGCAAUAACGUACUUGAGUCCCAGCCCGAUGCGAUCGACUUCAUCCUGCCCGCGGUUCGGAACAUCAACUCCGCCCUCCGGGACCUCGGUAUCCACCACAUCUCUGUCUCUACCACGUUCUCCUUCAUCAGCAUCAUGACUGGAGCAUUCCCACCGUCCUCGGCGACCUUCGAGGAGCCGGUUGCAGAGGCCCUGAUCCACCCCCUGCUCGAUUUCUUGAAGGAAACCAACUCAUCUUUCAUGGUGAACAUCUACCCCUACAACCUCUACCGCCUCAGGUGCGAAACCCCGCUUGGGUUCGCACUCUUCCAGAAGGAGCCGUUCAUGUACAGGGACGACCUCACCACGGGGGCCCGAUACUGGAACAUAUUUGAUAUGAUGGUGGACUCUUUGGUGGCGGCCAUGGCUGUAGCUGGCCACGAGGAUGUGCCCAUCAUCGUGACUGAGACCGGGUGGCCCAGCUCCAGCCUCGACAGGACCGAGAUCGACGCCAAUGAGGACUAUGCCCAGAUGUACAUCAGGGGCUUGAUCUUGCACCUGAGGUCCGGUAUAGGGACCCCGCUCAGGAGAGAAGGGGUUGCCGAGGCCUACGUCUACGAGCUGGUGGACAAGGAACUGAAGCCCGCAGGAACUGCAGGUCAGGGCGCAGGACGGAACUGGGGGAUCCUCUACCCGAACCUGACAAGGAAGUACGAGUACAAGUUCGAGUUCUCGUGUGCGGACAGGCUCGGCAUAUUCAACAGCGUGCUGGUGGGCAUACUGCUGAUGAUUGCUAUUCUGUUUUGGGUGCUCUGGUACAUCCCUUCGUACCGUGAUUGAUCGCUUCGACUUUCUGCUGCUAAAGUUACAAUUCGGGCUGUCACUAGCUAUUCGGUUACAUUCUUUUUCUUAGAGACAGAUGAUGAUUGAUUGGUGUUGUAGAGGUGAAAUUCUGUUGUGAUGUUUUGUGGCUAUUCGUAGGGGCUCGAUAUUAGAUUAGAUCGGUUCAGAUCAGUCUUCUCUGUUAAGUUUUGUUCCCUCUCCGAGAUCUUUCCUGAUCUCUGUUUGUAAAAGAUGACAUUCGGUUUCUGGUAAAAGAAUUGUUCUUUUGAGCUU